GAGACCCUGCAAACAGUCCGGCAUGAUUCGUUUGAGCGGGAACUUACUAUUCGCUGGUUGACGGGCUUCAUCUCCCGUUCUUCGUCAUGGAUGCUCCCCAAUGACCAGGAACUACUAGAUGACGAACUGGAGGAAAGGGAGGUUUUAAUAGAGAAAGCCGCCUCACUUCUCUCUUCUUGCGCCAACAUCAACGAGGUCGACGACGAAGCUCUCUCGCGUAAAUUCAAAUUUCCUUUGGGUCCGGCCGACGCUGGAACUAACAUAUGUGUGGAACUGAAUGACUUGCAGGCAACGGAGGAUCAUAGUUCCGUCGGGCUACAAAGUUGGCCAAGUUCGAUUUGUUUCGCUCGGAUGACGUCGGAGAAUCCAGCGGGUUUUAACAUUGUUUCAGGACGGACACGUCGUGUCCUCGAGCUUGGUGCGGGAACAGGCAUGCUAAGCAUCGUAACUGCAAAAAUCUGUCGUGCAUUGAGCGGGGGCAAGCCCUUUGGAUUCCCACAAAUCGUCGCGACGGACUACCACCCGGAUGUACUUUUAAAUCUUAAGAGGAACGUCGAGUCGAAUUUCGCUUCCGACACGCACCUUCCGGUAGAUGUUUACCCGUUCGACUGGCAACAUCCAUCCUGGGAACAUCCCUUCGACGCGCCGUACGACCUUAUUCUCGCCGCAGACGUGAUAUACGAACCAGAGCACGCAGGAUGGAUCAAGGACUGCGUAUCACGUCUGCUCAAGAGGCCCUCUCCAUCCUACCCUGAAGGAGGCGUCUUCUGGAUGUUCAUUGCCUUGCGCAAUAUCGGGCGACGCGAGGGGCUCGCUGCUAAGGUUUUUGACGUGUUCCCUACUCUCGAUACGGAGUUGGUCAAGUCUUCCGACGAAUUGUCCUUGAAAGCUGUGCAAGUCCGUGACUUGGAAAGGAGUGAGGGUAUUGGAAGGAAAGACGAGUCGGGAUACAGGCUUUUUAAGAUUCGUUGGGCAUAA